AUGCGCUGUACAAGAAAUACCGUCGCUGCCGCUCUGGCUUUCUCUACCCUCGGCAGCUGCGUCCACUACACGGACAGCUGUGUCGACACUGCCCUGUCGGGCACCACGCUGUCGGGCCACUGCGGUGACAACAAAGGCAACAACCCGUAUAGUAGCGUUGAUAUUGGCCAAAAGGUUGGCAAUCACUGGGGCGUCUUGACUUGGGGCGGCCAAGGCUUCCAGAACAGUUGUUCAGAGAUUGUGUACAACUCUCGGAACGGUGUGCUUUCUGCCAAGUGCGGCAAUGGAGGUGGUCGUGACGUCCGCACUGUUUUGAACCUAAACAACUAUAUCUCCAACAACUUUGGUGUUCUCGCCUUUGACUCAUAG